GAACAUUGAGGAACUUAAGGACGCUCUAGAGAGCUGAGCCGUGCCAAAAGAAAAUUUAUGGAGGAUCUUCUUCUACUACUACAAGCGCUGUAAACGCGUGUUGGAUUUUGGCCCUGGCUACGCAACCAAACAUCUUUAUGAGGAUUUAAUUCUGUGAUCCAUUUGUGAAACAUGAAGACAAGGCCAUUGACUGCUUUCGAAGUCUAUGCAUCAGGGAAAGUGCCAGAGUUAACCAAAAAGCCAGGUACCAAUAGUAGAACCAAGAUUAAGAAAAUGAAAAGGAAGAAGGUGAUCGAAUCCAAAAAACUGAAAAAAGCUGGCAUUUUAACAAUAGAAGAUUCCCAACUCAAUUCAACAGACAAAGUUGUUGUCAGAAGUGGUGCGGUUAAACCAGUAAAAAAAAAAAGAAAAACCUGCCAGUAGUUAAUGGAAUUAAUGGAUUACAUGUCAACAAAAAGAAACCCAAAAAGAAGAAGGCUUUGUCACCAAGCGAUGAGAACGACUCCCAGUGCGUAAAUGGUGAGGAAUGUAUGAAAGAUGAUGUAAAGGGUGCUAAGAACAAAACUAAAGUGUUGAAAGAGAAGAAGCUUCUUAAAAAGGUAAAGAAGGACAAAAGUAGUGUAAAAAAACUGAAAACCUUGGAAAGUGACAAGCAAGCAGAUUUUAAGAAGAAAAUUGCAAAAGUGAAGAAGCUCGUGAACCAGAAGGCAGGAAUGAGCAACAAGACCCAUUCAGAAAUUGAUGAUGAUGAUGAAGAUUCUGUCAUUGAAAGUGAUGGAUUGGAGGAUGGGGAAGAGUUAGUGGAAGAAGAUGAAGUGGAAGAAGAUGAGAUGGAAUAUCAUAUAGAAACUUUUACAGGAAAAGAAUUGCAAGCCCUCAAUAGCAAAGACAGCCGGGAAGAAGGCCAAGAAACAUUCCGCUGGGUAAUCAGCCCUUACAGUGAAGAAGAUUUCUUCAACAAAUUUUGGGAGAAAGCGCCUCUAUUGAUCAAACGCAAUCAAAAUGAUUACUACAAGGGCCUGUUUUCAACAAAGGACUUGGACAAAAUUCUUCGUGAGCAAGUCGUUAUGUAUUCCAAGAACUUGGAUAUAACUUCAUAUAGCGAUGGCAAGAGGGAGACACACAAUCCAAUUGGACAAGCCCAUGCUCCUGUUGUCUGGGAUUCUUAUAAUAAUGGUUGUAGUAUACGUCUCCUGAACCCCCAGACAUUUCAUCCUCGAGUGUGGAAGUGCCUUUCCAUGUUGCAAGAGUAUUUCAACAGUUUUUGUGGUGCUAAUGUUUACCUGACUCCUCCAGACACACAAGGGUUUGCUCCUCACUGGGAUGACAUAGAAGCAUUUAUACUUCAGAUGGAAGGGAAGAAAAGAUGGAGAGUUUAUGCUCCAAGGUGUGAUGACGAAGUAUUACCAGAUUAUUCCAGUCCCAACUUUACAGACGACAACAUUGGAAAACCAAUAUUAGAUACAAUUUUAGAACCGGGUGAUCUUUUGUAUUUUCCUCGUGGGUAUAUUCAUCAGGGCCACGCUGUGGAAGAUGAGCAUUCACUACAUAUUACAAUAUCAACUUAUCAGAAGAACAGUUGGGGUCAUUAUCUAGAAAAGUUGCUGCCACAGGCUCUGUCUUUAUCAAUGUCCGAAGAUGUUGAAUUCAGACGAGGACUUCCAAGGCAGUACCUUGAUUACAUGGGAAUUGUCCACAUGGAACGUGAUUCUGAAGAAAGAGAAGCUUUCAAGAAAAAGGUCUGUGACUUAGUAAUGCGAAUGAUGGAAAAUGCACCGUUUGAUGGCUGUGUUGACCAGCGAGGAUCUUCCUUCAUCCAUGAUUGCCUACCACCAUAUUUAACUGAAGAGGACAAGCAAUGUAGUGCUUAUGGAGGAGGUGAGAAAUGGAGUCCUAAGAAGAAAAAAGUUGUUAAUCGUGUCGAGUUGCAACCAGAUACACUUGUUCGUCUCAUCAGAGGAAAUUGCAUAAGACUGGUUGCAGAAGAAGAGAAAGUCCACAUCUACCAUUGCUUAGAAAAUAGCCGCGAGUACCACAGAGAGGAGCCACAGUUCCUUGAAAUUGCCCCUGAGAAUGCACCAGCUGUUGAGGCCUUGAUUCAUACGUAUCCGCACUACGUAGCUAUUGAAAGUCUGCCUUUAAAGGAUGAAGAAGAAAAGAUGGUCAUAGCCUGUGGACUGUGGGAAAGAGGGCUUCUCGUGUCGUCACACCCCCUUGAUGCUCAGUACGACGACUGAUUUGCGAUAAUUAUUUUCCCUUGGAUCUUGUUAAAUAUCCUGCAUUGUGGUGAAUACUACUUCUUGCAUUAUCAGGCAUAUACUUUGAAAGAUAUGUGUUUUAGUGAACAUAAAAUAUUUUUUGUGCCAGUCUUGUUCCACAAGUUUAAAUAAAACCGGGAAAAUAAA